UAAUUCAAAAUCAAUCAAGUCAAAACAUAACCUAGUAUUGCCAAUGAUUGUCGUAUUGAUAAACAAAUGAAAUUAUAGUUUUUCACUAAACUGUGUUUAAACCGAGUUAAACCGUAAAAAAAUGAUCUUUCUGCUUGAACACCUUGAAGGUGGAGACUCCAUAACGUUGCCAGAAGAAAAAGAUUACGUGUUGGGAAGGAAAAACUGCGAUAUUUUGAUUCUGAAUGACCAGUCCAUUAGCAGGGAGCACGCAAGACUUCGAGUGAAGGAUGGAUCGGUGACCCUGGAAGACAGCAAAUCAAGGUACCAGACUCUAUACAACGGCUCCAAGUUGGAACCGUUUGUGCCAGUCAAUUUGAAACAUAUGGAUUUAAUCCACUUUGGGAUUCUCCAAAGCAAAUUCCGUUUCGAGUGCCCCACGUUUAUUGUAUCAGCAAGCGGGCUAAGCACGGAUACGAAAACAAUUCUAAAGCAACAUCUGAAAGUCUGCAACAGCAAGUACAUGGACAAAUGGUCCUCGGUCUGCACCCAUUUAGUAGUGGAAAAGCUCACGCUUACUGUCAAGGUUCUGCAUGCGUUGGUGCAAGGAAAACCGAUAGUGACUCUUGAUUAUUGGGCUGAUUACGCAAAGGCAAUUAAAAACAGCAGACCGGCGCCCGAUUUGUCUAAAUAUCGAAAGCCGCCCGUGGCUGAGCAUCUGUUUAGUUCCGACUUUGAGUGUACAUACGACGAAAGGCGGAAAAGUUUGUUUGAGAACAAAAUGUUUGUCUUUUUAAAGGCGAGCACUAAGAAGCAGCUUGAGGACGUUAUUAAAAGCUGUGGUGGAAGUUGCUUCUCGUGGGACGAAGAGCCAAAAACUGUUUCAGACAUUAGCACGAGUCCGUUGGAACAUUUGUUGAUUAAAUCUGAUAAUGAUGAAGACGGCGAUGAGUCGUUCCAGGUUUUAGUAAAAAGCAUGGCUAAGCAGAAGAAGCGAAUGAUCCCCGUCAACGAAAUCGCUCUAGCCAUUGUGUCGUGCUCUUGCGACGUAAAUUGCAACCCCAGCUUCAAUAAAGCAGCCCAGGUGUUUGCUGUUCCCGAUGACAAAACGCAACUGGGAAACGUGCUAGUUGGGGAAACUCAAACACAACCGGCAUUUUCCAAGAGUUUGGCUGUUGAAACGGAGAAAGCCAUACCUGAAAGCCUUCCACCAGAUCAUUGGGUUAGGAAAGUGGAUGCUCAGCCAAAACCGCUCAAAAGGCUUAACGGAAAGGAAAUAGAGAGCCCACUAUGCAAAAAACCGAAGCUGGACAAUAACACCAGCAAACCAACGAAGUGGAUAUCUUUGGACCAAUCCAUCAAUCUUCCAAAACGACAGGAAAACACAUCAGAAGCUAGCAGAAUAAUGGCAAAUAGCACUUUGCAGAGCCAAAAGCGGAAAGCUUCAGACGACGCUGAGAAGUGUUUGAAAAUCAACCCAUUUACUAACAUGUCGACGCCGGCGUCUAAAAAGAGCAAAACUGGAUCGGCCAACCCGUUCGCCCUUUUCAAACCCAUCAGCAAACCAACCAGACCAGAAACUGCACGGAAAUCGAGCAAUCCCUUUGCCAGUAUUAUGAGCACAAAUCGUCCCACUCCAACGGUUAAAAUGGAAGAAAUUGAGAUUGAAAAUUCACCUCCACCAGAAUCACGGCUCGAAUCGACUAGAAACAUAUCUGUGCAUUCGGCCAUUUCCAUUAAGCAACUUUCGGUCAACUUUAGAUGGAUUUCUAAGAGCUUACCAAGCGUUCAUUCGGUCAAAGCCAACACGGAUGAUGAUCCGGAGUUGCUCGAAAUUUCCAAAGCUCUUAGGGAUUGCAUCCAAGUGACGACAUUCUCAGUCCAUGAAAGACCGACGCCACCGAUUAAUAAAACGCAAAAUUCUGUCGGGGAACGGAAUUUUAAGAAGUUUAAAAAGGUAAAACCAUUAAGGCCUCAAGUUACCGUCAUCAGUUAUCACCAGCUGGAACGUGUGGGCCCUGGGGAUAUUUCCAAAAUCUCUCUGAACGAAAAUUUCUCAGACGAUGAACCCGAACCCAUCCGUUCCCGGAAGUUUCCUAAUGUUAAACCCGUGGGAAAACGGUUUAUUUUAUAGAUUAUAUUUAUAACCAACAAA